AUGUCGACGCGUCUCCCGUGUGCCUCGAAGCACACAGGAUUAGCGACACCCCAUCGCUUUGGUGGAGACGUCGGGUACACUCUCAAGGCAUUAAGAACGCCUCAUUUCCCCAUUUCUUAGCCCUACUGGAGUCCGUGUUUCCUCGCCCCUUUUGCAAUUCUCUCGAAGCCUUUGCUUUUGCUGAUCUGUCUGCCCCUCUUUUGCCCUAUUUGCCCCUAUUUCGUUUCCGCGCCUCUUCUGCUAAACCCUAUCUAUGGCGGACGUCCAGCAUGAUGAGUCUGUGCCGGAUCACAAAGAGGACAACAUCGGAGUGGAGAUUGGAGCCUUCGAUCCUACCAAGAAAAAGAAGAAAAAGAAAGUUCGUAUGCAAGAAGAUGAGGAGCCCGUGCCUGUGAAGGAAGCUGCUACUGCUGAAGUUGGCUUGGAUUCGUCGUUUGCUGGUCUGAAGAAGAAAAAGAAGAAAAAACCAAUUGAGGGUGAAUCGUUGGAGGAAGAGAAUGGCGAUGCUGAAGAUGGAUCUACCGGCGACGGUGAAGUCGUUGAUGAUGAGCCUGGUGAGGGUAUUGAAUUGGGAGGUCCCGUUUAUCCUUGGGAAGGAACUGAACGAGACUAUAAAUACGAAGAGCUUUUAGGGCGGGUCUUUGAUAUUCUGAGAGAAAACAACCCGGAGCUAUCUGCAGAGAGAAGGCGUACCAUCAUGAGACCUCCUCAGGUUCUCCGAGAAGGAACCAAGAAAACCGUUUUUGUCAACUUUAUGGACCUUUGCAAGACUAUGCACCGACAACCAGAGCACGUCAUGACCUUCUUGUUGGCUGAGUUGGGUACGAAUGGAUCGUUGGACGGACAACAGCGUCUGGUUGUUAAAGGUCGAUUUGCUCCGAAGGCUUUUGAGGGUAUUUUGAGGCGCUAUAUCAAUGAGUAUGUUAUGUGCAAUGGUUGUAAGAGUCCGGACACCAUCCUUACCAAGGAGAACCGUUUGUUCUUUCUUCGUUGUGAGCAGUGUGGAUGCUCGAGAUCGGUGGCACCUAUCAAGGCUGGUUUCGUUGCCUUGGUUGGACGUCGGAAGGCAACUACUUAGGGUUCAUGAGUGGAGUUUCAAGUGUAUGAGUCUAGCAACGAGGUUAUCUGUAAUCGUCUAGUUUUAAUAUCUGCAGAGUGUAUCCUUAUUGAACCAAUUUUCCGUGUCACAUUGCUCGUGAACAUCAGGCCUCCACUUCUCACCAGAGUUGUGGACCUCGAUGUGUUUGUUUGGCUGCAUUGCAUUGCAGUUCUUUUCUGAUUUUGUAGGUUUCAUCAAUUUAUUGAGUAGGGAUUUAGUAUUUCUGGAUCAUCGUCCCUUUGCCUUCAGAUUCUGGGGGACCCCCGUGGCAUCGUGAGGGAUUAAAUUAUAUCAACUCUGCCCGAGUAAGAGGACAUUAAUUUUUUCGGAAAGAUGUUAUUGGCAAUUUCCUUUACGUAAA